AGUAGCUUUGGACUGCGGGAUAACAUGACGUGAUUCGAUAGUGGGAAUUAAAGUGAAGUAGGUAUAUAAUACUUGUGUGGUGAUUUGCUGUUUUUUGUUUUGUGCGAGGAUACGAGUUAUUUAAAUGCAAAUUUUGACGUAUACAAACUCUAGUCCUGCAGAAAUGGAUUGGACUGCAGACGGAGAAAACACUGAUGUUAGCACGUCUUCAUCCUCAAACGCUGGCAGAUCCACACAAAACCAAGAUCACGAUUCUCUUUCAGAAGACGAUGAUUUUUCCGACGAGUUUUCCAUUAUCGACAGUGACGAUGAGAGGAGAAUCGAUCACAGACAACAGCCACAACACAACAUGAUGCAGCUUUCUAAUCGAGGAGUUGUUAAGAAAAUUUUCACGAACAGCAGAGAAAGGUGGAGACAACAGAACGUCAGUGGAGCAUUUGCCGAACUGAGAAAACUAGUUCCGACCCAUCCUCCAGAUAAAAAACUAUCUAAGAAUGAAAUUCUCAGGAUGGCAAUAAGAUACAUUCGUAUACUCACCAACGUUCUAGAGUGGCAGAACACUACCGCAAGCACUAUUCAAGUCGAUAUCAAAUGCGAAGACGUUGCAACGAUCUCCAAACACCCCGGUAUCAUUCCGGGAUUGCACAACUUGAGGACAAGAGCGAGACUUCGCCGCAACCAAACCAUUAUUAGUCAACCUCUUUCCAUUUGUGACCGCAACGGAAACAACCUUUUGAUGAUAGCGCCCAAUAACCACUUACCUUUUCGCAGGAGGACCAUUUUCAUUGAUAUUCCAGCCAGCCAAGGGCAAAACGAGUUGAAAAUCGAGUCAAAGGAUGGAAAAGAGGAAGAUAGAGAAAGUAAUGCAGGCGAAAAGGGUGGAAAGGAAACGUAAUGAAAGUGAUAUUGAUGCCAAAGAAUUGUUAAAUGUUUUGUUGUGAUACAUGUUCUUUAUGUUCAGAAGUAUAAUCGCCAUAUAUUAAAUGAAGUUCAAUAGCGAUUCUUUCUGAAAA